UGAAGAGUUCAGUUGAUUUCAGAAUUUAUUCGUGAAAUAUCAAAGUUAUCACAGUAAUAAAUUGAUUUCUCUAGUGAUUUUCGGCACGAAUAUAUUCACGCUCAACUACAAAAUGAAAUUGAGAAUUAAAUAAAAUACUUACCAGUAUCGUGGAAUAAGAGCUUCUACUCAGGCUGUUUUAGUCGAUCACAACACAACACAACACAUAUCUAAAUAAGAAUGGAUAUGAGUAAAAUAUUCAAUACUUAUGAAUGGACAAAGAGAUUUCCAAUGAGACCAACUACACCAUCAUUCAAGAGGAGGAUGAUGCUGCUUCUAUGAUGUCCAUUCUUAUAGUGGGCGUAUUCCUCGCGGUCCUCAUAUUCACAUCUGUGGCUGGAAACAUCCUGGUCUGCGUUGCUAUCUAUACGGAUAGGGGUCUGAGAAGAAUCGGAAACCUAUUCCUAGCCUCCUUAGCCAUAGCGGACCUCUUCGUUGCCUGUCUGGUCAUGACCUUCGCAGGCGUCAACGACAUCCUUGGCUACUGGAUUUUUGGUGCUGAAUUUUGCGAUACUUGGAUCGCUUUCGAUGUCAUGUGUUCAACAGCUAGUAUAUUAAAUUUGUGUGCUAUAUCCCUCGAUAGAUACAUACAUAUCAAGGACCCACUGAGGUACGGCAGAUGGGUAACUAGACGAGUGGCCCUGGGAACAAUUGCUGCGAUAUGGCUUCUUGCGGCUCUGAUUUCCUUCGUUCCAAUUUCGUUGGGUCUUCACAGGCCCCCGCAGCCUCUGGUCUACAAUGCUGGGGGGCAAAAUUACCCCACUUGCGCCCUGGAUUUAACCCCUACGUACGCUGUGGUCUCCAGCUGUAUUUCGUUUUACGUUCCUUGCAUUGUGAUGAUAGGUAUCUACUGCCGACUGUACUGCUACGCCCAGAAGCACGUGAAAAACAUCAGGGCCAUCACCAGACCCAUAGACCUGCCCGAAAGUCUGACCUGUAAAGGCAAGAGAAAAAGCGUGAAGCAAAACAAGGCCCUCCACAUCCACCUCCAGAACCACCACAGCUCCCCCUACCACGUCAGCGACCACAAGGCUGCCAUCACCGUCGGCAUCAUCAUGGGGGUGUUCCUCAUCUGCUGGGUACCCUUCUUCUGCAUGAACAUCGUGGCCGCUUUCUGUAAGACAUGCAUCCCCGACAUAACAUUCAAAAUCCUAACGUGGCUGGGCUACUCCAAUUCAGCCUUCAACCCCAUAAUUUAUUCAAUCUUCAACACGGAGUUCAGGGAGGCUUUCAAGAAGAUCCUGACGGCGCACUACCCCUCCUGGUGCAAGUGUGGUUAUCAGUCCGUGGCGCUGAAUCAAAACGAUAAAUACGUGACUGAUUACGGGGCUAAAACUGUUAUUGUAAACGCCAGAAGGAACGGUUCUUUUGGGGAGUACUCGAGCGAGCACUUCAGCACCGAAUCUGUGAGGCAGACUAGGGUCAACUCCACCGAGAAGGAUUUUUACGGUGCGGACGCUAGCAUCAUUUGACAUCAGCACAAUCUGCAGGAUACGAUGGUGUAAUGAUUUUUAUAGUCGCCGACUGAUUCCGGGGUUCUGAAGGACAUGAAUGGAAAAUGGUAUUUCCAUUCAAUACUUCGGAGAAUUUCAUGUCUGAUUAAAGAUUAACCCUCCGAUCCAUGCAGGUUGUUUUCGGAAAUUAAAAUUUUGCCAAGCAAUUUUCGAAGGCGUUUUCGACAUAUCAGUUUUUUGUGUGAAGUCAAUACUAAUACGUUCCCUAAUAUAAGUUUUCGAGAACGACCUGUAAAACAUUUCGUAGAGAAGUAGAAAAUCAACCCGGAGAAGAUGCAAGAAAAAUGAACCAUAUGCUAAAGGUGUAUUGCUCUGUUUUGUGAGUAUCUCUACGAAGGACAAUCAAACCCAAUAUUAGCACUCUCACAAACUCGAAAAUUUUGUCCAUAUCAUAAAAGCCAAGAAAAGUAUUUACAAAAAUCGCUUGAUUCUUGAUUCAGUCGUUUGUAAUUAACAUUCGAAAGAAAUAUAACGUAUCAAUUAAAUCAAUUUCUUUU